GAGAUGUAUUCUUCCGCCUCUACGCCCGGGCAGCCAUUUUGGAUCUUAGAGCGCGCUGGAAGAUGUAGUCUUCCGCCUCGGAACUUCCGGUCGGCCAUUUUAGGAUGUAGGGCGCGCUGGGAAAUGUAGUCUUCUGCCUGUGUACUUCCGAUCGGCCAUCUUGGACUAUGGCGUGUGUGGGGAGAUGUAGUUUUCCGUUUCUCCACUUCCGAGCAUCCAUUUUGGGUCCUGGGGCGCGCUGGGAGAUGUAGUGUCCCAAGCGGGGGGUGACGCCCCUGGGUUUGCUCGAGAUGCGUCGGUGGCUGCACGCCAGCGUUUGGGUUGCUCUGCCAGCCACAGCAUCGCACCGGGGGCUCGUGUUCAUCUUGUGGUCAGUCAAGACCCGCAUGUCUUGGUCGUGGCGCUAGCGAGCGCAGCACCGCCAGGCGUGUAAGUGCGCUGUCGGCUCGUCCUGCCAGGGUGCAGCGCCCUCAACUUCUCCGCGUCGAAGACCAUCAGGCUUUGGUCCGCCCAGCUCGCGAGCGUGUCCAGGUCGGCCCGUAACCCCAGCCUGUCUUCCGGUGUGACCGCUUCCCCGCAGCGCGUGCCAGCCCGCGUCUCGCACCCACAUCCACAUAACCAGUACAGACACUGAGGAGUACUGGCCCAAGUACUGAGCCCUGGGGGUGCCACUGGUCACCUCAUGCCACACUGAUUUGUUCCCGUCUUUGGGUCCGACCCCGGAGCCAGUCCCCCAGCCGUGGUCAGGCUGCAGCUCCCCAGCUUAACUAUGAGGACGUCGUGGGAGACGAAGUCAAAGGCUUUCUUGACAUCCAGAUACGUGACAUCAACCUAGUCUCCUUUGUCCAGGCAAUGCGUCAUGGACGGAGACGAGGUUAGUCAGGCAAGACCUACCAGUAACAAAGCCGUGUUGACUGGCAUUCAGAUGGUUGCCUUUCAUUAGCCUGUUGCUGUUGGAUCCCUCGAUGAUUUUCCCCACAAUCGUUCUAGGGAUGGACAUCAGACUGACUGGCCUGUAAUUCCCUGGAUCCUCCUUCCUUCCUUCCUUUCUUGACGAUUGGGACCGCAGCUCUUUCCCAGUCUCUGGAGCCUCACCCGAGCACCACGAAUUUUCAUACAUCUUUGCUAUAGGGCGUGCUAUGAUGUGUGCCAGCCCCUUCGAGAGUCUUGGGUGCGUUCCUUCUGGGCCCACGGGCUUAUGGAUGGCUAGCCUCUUGAGGCGUUCCCUCACCAGAGCUACGGCAAGUGUGGGCCCGUCUGCUCCCUGGGUGUCCUGUGUCCACUCUGACACUCUGACCCCCGCGGGCGGGUGAAAGACUGAUGCAAAAUAGUCAUUUAGGAGAUUGGCUUUUUCUUGGGCGUCAGAUGUCAGUUGCCCCAUUUGAUCAUGCAGAGAGUGGUGGUGGAUGGGUCAGUAUCAACCUGGAAGGAUUUGAGCAGUGUAGGACUCAGUCCUUGGACCUGUGCUCUUCAAUGUCUUCAUCAGUGACUUGGAUGUGGGAGUGAGGUAUACUCUGUCUAUGUGGAUGAUACUAAAUUGUGGGGUGAAGUGAACGCACCAGAGGGUAGGGAAUGAUUGCAGGCAGACCUGGACAGGUUGGAAGAGUGGGCUGAACACAAUAGCAUGCAGUUCAACAAGGACAAAUGCUGAGUGCUGCACCUAGGGCAUAAAAAAUAUCCAGCACACUUGCCAGCUGGGGAAUGAUCCUCUCAGAAGCACAGAAACGGAACGGGAUCUCAGAGUCAUAGUGGACUCCAAGAUGAACGUGAGUUGUCAGUGUGAUGAAAUCAUCAGCAAAGCUGACCUCAUGUUAUGAUGCAUUAGCAGAUGCAUGACAAAUAGAGCCAAGGAGGUGAUAUUUGCCCUCUGUGCUGCAUUGGUCAGACCGCAGUUGGAGUACUGUGUCCAGUUUUGGGCACUUGUACCUUAAGAAGGAUGUGAAUAACCUAGAGAGGGUCCAGAGAAGGGCCACUUGUAUGGUUAAGGGUUUGCAGGCCAAGCCCUAUGAGGAAAGACUAGGGGACCUGGAUCUCUUCAGCCUCCAAAAGAGAAGGUUAAGAGGUGGUCUUGUGGCUGCCUACAAAUUCAUUGGUGGGGGGCAGCAAGGAAUUGGAGAUGCUCUGUUCACCAGGGUGCCUCCUGGGGUAAGAAGGAACAAUAGUCACAAACUGACAGAGAGCAGAUUUAGGCUGGACGUCGGGCAGAACUUCACGGUAAGGAUGCUCAGAAUUUGGAACGGGCUCCCAAGGGAGGUGGUGCUCUCCUCUACCUUGGGGGUUUUUAAGAGAAGGUUGGAUAAGCAUCUGGCUGGGGUCAUGUGACCCCAGCACUCUUUGCUGCCCAGGCCAGGGGGUCGGACUUGAUCUGAUGAGGUCCCUUCCGACCCUAACAUCUAUGAAUCUAUGACGACACUGUGACAUUUCCUAGUGAUGCUCCACUCCCUUAUAGUAGGUAAAGGAUUACUACCACCCAAAUCAGAUGAAGAGGCAAGAGACCAGGGGGGUGGCCAGUGGUGUCCCACAGAGUUUGGUUCUUGGCCCCAUGCUGUUCAACAUCUUUACCAACUAUUUAGAAGAGGAUGCGGAAAGCUCACUGGCCAAGUUUGUGGACAGUACUAAGUUAUGGGGAAAAGUGAUCUCACUAGGGGAUAGGAUGCAGAUCCAAGCAGACCUGGACAAGCUGGAAAGGUGGGCAGAGCAAAACCAGAUGCAGUUCAGUAAGGAUAGAUGUAGAGUGCUUCAUCUGGGGAGAAGUAACCAGUGACAUGAUUAUAGGUUAGGAGAUGUCCUGGCCAGCACGAUGGCUGAAAGGGACCCUUGGGUUAUGGUUGAUUACAGGAUGAUCAUGAGCCACCAGCGCAAUGCUAUAGUCAAGAGAGCUAAUAGCAUAUUGGGAUGCAUUAGCCAAGGCAAUGCAAGCAGGAAUAAGAAACUGAUACUUCCUCUCUACUUGAUGCUGAUGAGACCCCAGCUGGAGUACUGGGCGCCGCACUUCAAAAAAAGAUGCAUCUAUGAAAGGGUCCAGAGAAGGGCCACAAGAAUUAUUAAGGAUCUGGAGGACAAACCUUAUGAGGAAAGACUAAGGGAUCUGGGACUGUUCAGCCUGGGGAAGAGAAGACUGAGGAGGGACAUGGUGGCUGUCUAUAUAUAUGUAAAAGGCAAGGUCAGUUCCCACACUACUGCACCAGCAGCACAGUUUGAGGAGGAGGUGAGCAGCCCCCAGCGGUGAAAGAACACAUGAGGGACCACUUGGAAAAGCUGGAUGUGUACAAGUCCACGGGGCUGGGGAGACUCGAGACCUGGGAGGAGGGUAACGCACAGAUUGGCAGCAGGGUUUUGUAUUUGCUGAGUUCUCCAUUUUUUCCUCCAGCCUAUGCCAGUAUUUAUGGAUGGUUGAUCUAAAUAGUCUAAUAAAUGACCUCUGAUGUUUUUCCAGCGAAAGACAGCAUUUGACACAAAAGGAAGUUUUGCAAACAUGUUUUUGCUGGGGAAUCCAAGAAUAUGGAAACCAAAUGUUUUAAAUGAACAAAACAAUACAUUCCUAUUUUUCUAGGUUUAAAGUAAAAAAUUGGGAGCUGGUUUUCAAGUAAAUGUGAAAAAGUCUCAAGAACUGUCCUUUUGACUAAAGCAAAAAAAUCAUUUUUCUUCCCCUGAAAUGUUCCUGGGUGGCAGAGGAAUCGUUUUGUGAGCAGCACAGCUAAUUUAAUAAAGCCAGUGGGGCAGGUUCCCAUUGCAUAGAUGGGAAAAGUGAGGCCUAGCAGAGCGGUUCCGAGACGAGUUGUACAGCCGACGGAGGAGUCGACGCCAGGAGCGCGACGGGCAGCACUCGCGGGGGGCGGGACGACCACCCCCCUCCCCCGGCCCUGAGCACGAGCGAGCCGGGCGGCGGCGCGUCGGGCUCGGCGGAGCGCGCGCUGCUCCAGCCGGCCGGGAGGGGUGUUUGUAGUGCGCGCUGUUCCGGGGGAGCGGGCCGGGCGCACUGCUCGGAGCCCCAGCCACCGCACCGCACCGCACCGCGCCGCCCGGCGGCGGGGCUGCCCUGCCCUGGCCCGCCCUGCCGGGCGUGCUGCAACGGAGCGCCUGCAGCGCAAGCCCUUCCCUGCCGAGCCCGCGGCCCGCGCCUGCUCCUGCGCGCGCCCGCGGCCUGCCCAGCCUGUCCCCGCGGAGAUGCGGGUCCUGCUUGGCCCCCGGCGCUGAGCCGCUGCGGGGCAGGUGGGCAGGGGCCUCCCGCCGAGGAGCGGCGCCGGAGGUAGGAGCCGCCCGGCACGGGACAGCCGGGGGUAGGAACCCUAGUGCCGGGGCCGAGGUUGCGGCGGAGCCGGGCGGGCGAGUUGUCUGGGCUCCGCCGGGAUGCUGCAGCCCUUGAAGCGCGUGUUGGGCAGUGCCGGGAUGACCUGGUGGCCCGCGUCCUGGGCAAUGCGCACGGAGGUCAGGGCAGGCUCUUCCGCUGGUGCCCAGCCCGGGAAGAAGCAGGGCCUGCAGAAGCUGAGCGCCAAGCUGGCAGCAGGGCCAACGCUGCAGCAGUUCUUAAGAGCUGCCUCCCCGCCUCAGGAGCCUCCGUGUGAGCUGACAGAAGGGCUGGAGGAGCCGGUGCCGUAUCUGGUGCCCAGCACCCUCCCAGAGGCAGGGAGGAAAGUGUACCUGGAGACCUACGGCUGCCAAAUGAACGUGAAUGACACAGACGUCGCCUGGGCCAUCCUCCAGAAGAAUGGCUAUCUGAGGACCAAGAGCUUGGAGGAGGCAGAUGUCAUUCUCCUCGUCACCUGUUCCAUCAGGGAGAAGGCCGAGCAGGCCAUCUGGAACCGCCUGCAGCUACUAAAGGCUCUGAAAUCCAAGCGGCGCCGGACACAGUCUCCCCUCCGAAUUGGCAUCCUCGGCUGCAUGGCUGAGAGGCUGAAGGAGAAGAUCCUACACCGGGAGAGGCUGGUGGACAUCGUGGCAGGCCCUGACGCCUACAGAGACCUUCCCCGUCUGCUGGCGGUGGCUGAGUCUGGCCAGCAGGCUGCCAACGUCCUGCUGUCCCUAGACGAGACCUAUGCCGAUGUCCUGCCUGUCCAGACCAGCCUGAAUGCUACCUCCGCAUUUGUCUCCGUCAUGCGAGGCUGCGACAACAUGUGCAGCUACUGCAUCGUCCCCUUCACCCGUGGCCAUGAGAGGAGCAGGCCCAUUGCCUCCAUCCUGCAGGAAGUGAAAAUGCUGUCGGAUCAGGGGGUGAAGGAGGUGACCCUGCUGGGCCAGAAUGUCAACAGCUUCCAGGACACUUCUGAGGUCCAGUUCUGCUCGGCCGCUGCACCCAGCCUGAGCCGUGGUUUCAGCACCGUCUACAAGGCCAAGCCGGGAGGCCUGCGCUUCUCCCACCUCCUGGACCAGGUCUCCCGCAUUGACCCCGAAAUCCGCAUCCGCUUCACCUCCUCACACCCCAAGGACUUCCCCGAUGAGGUGCUGCAGCUCAUCCAGGAAAGGCACAACAUCUGCAAACAGUUGCACCUCCCUGCGCAGAGCGGCAGCACACGCAUCCUGCAGGCCAUGCGGCGCGGAUACACCAGAGAAGCUUACCUGGAGCUGGUGCACCACGUGCGGGACUCCAUCCCAGGGGUGAGCCUCAGCAGUGAUUUCAUUGCGGGCUUCUGUGGGGAGACGGAGGAGGACCACCAGCAGACGCUGUCCCUGCUUCGGGAAGUGGGCUACAAUGUAGGCUUCCUCUUUGCCUACAGCAUGAGGCAGAAAACUCAGGCGUACCACCGACUGCAGGACGACGUGCCAACAGAGGUGAAGCACCAGCGGCUGAAGGAGCUCAUCUCCGUCUUCCGGGAGGAGGCAGCCAGGGUCAAUGGGGCCUUGGUGGGUUGCACACAGCUGGUGCUGGUGGAAGGGCCCAGCAAGCGCUCAGCCUCAGAGCUGAGCGGCCGCAACGAUGGCAACACGAAGGUGAUAAUUGCUAACCGUGAGCUGGAGGACAGGGCUGCAGCCAGAGCUCAGCCAGGUGACUACGUGCUGGUGAAGAUCACGUCUGCCAGCUCCCAGACACUGAGGGGGGUCCUGCUUCGCCACACCACCCUCCAGGAAUCAGCAGUUUACUGCUGAUGCCUGGCUGCCACCACUCACGACCAGCUGCUGCUCAGGAGGGAAUAGAAUCCUGCCCUGGUCCCUGCAACCUGGUCACGUGCAGCUGGCUCUGUGGGAAACCCAUGUGCCCCCAGCACUACAAAGACACUGCAGCCCUGCUGCUUGUGGGAAAUGUGACUCCAGUUCAGGCAGAGAGCCUGAGCAAGGGUAGAAACUGGGAUUGGGGGGAGCGUGGGUCUGUGUUCUGUGCACCCGGGGGACUGGUCCCUGGCCAGAGGGGGGAUGGGGAGGAGGAGAGGCUGGCAUUGCCCCCCCAUGGUUUGUGAAUGCCUUGAGGCUGUUGGGCGGAAGGGUACCAGGGAAGUGCAAAUUACAGAAUGUGCUCUUUUCAAA